AUGUGGUCUGACUUGCGCUACAAGUGCACCUGUAGCUGUCUCCAUGUAGUGAUAGGUAAGUUAUUCAAAUUAAAUAAAAAAAGAGGCACUGCAUUUAUUAAGAUUUAAUCUAAAGUUCCUCUAUGUCCUCCUGCAGGAUUUGGUGCUUUCCUCCUCUUGGCUUUCCCCAUAGCUGAGAUCAUUUUAGGUAAGUGAUUCUCUUACAUUAAUUCCGUAUUAUUACAUUACUUAAACCAUACCCUGUCUGUUGAAUGUCUUUCAAGUCCAAACUUGUUAAAUGUAGAAAUAAACCCUGUUUGAAGAUAUUAGCCUGAGAUAUUGUCUUUGUAAAUGACUUGAAAAAAGUUGGAAUGCUUGUUUUAAGAGGCUUGUGAAGACAGUUUUGUUUGAAAAAUUGACAGAUAGCCUGUUAAACAAGUAAUUCAUCCUUUAUUUUUGACAGGACUUAUUUCUAGACUUGCUAGCUGAAUGUGGCAAACAUUAAGAAUAUUUAGACAAACUUUACAAAAGUCCUUAAAUUAAACAAAUUCAGCUCUUGUGAAUCCUAAGUGCCCGCAGUUCUCGUAUGAGAGUAUUUGUUAUGAUGUGUGAGAAAUAACAGCCACCUUUUUUUUUUUCUUUUUUGCCUGUAAUUCAUACUUUAGAGCGGACUUUAAAAAAAAAAAAAAAAAAAACUCAACCAGGAUGACUGUUUUUUUCUGAGGGACAGCAUCUGAAUACGUAGAAGGCCUGCAAAAUUUAAAUAAAUAAACAAAGGCUAGGGUUACAAUGAUAUCAUUUUUAUAUGGUAUUUGAGUGAUGCCACUUUGUCGCAUUGAUAAAUAUAGUGGCAGUUCCUGGUUUGAACUAAGUUGGAGUUUUUGGUCUGUGGAUAGGAUACCUGUGGACUUGAAGUAGUGGGGCUGAAGGUGAACUGUUAUUUAUAAGGCCCAAGUCCCUGACAGCAUCUUUGCAGAAGAUUUUUGGUAGAAAUACUGAAAAACCAUGCUCACUUACAAACUGCAAUAUAGGAACAAACAUCAGCAAUAGAGAAUAUAUGUUUUGGCAUACUGCUUUUCUUGUGUGUUAUGUCCACAGCUUUUCCUUAGGUCUUCUGUGCUCUGUCUGAACAGGUGCGGUGUACCUGCACGAGUGUCCUAUAUCUCCUCUCCUCCCGGUGUACUUGGUGGUGCUUGGGGUUUUUACACUGAUGCUGCUGGCUCUGUGUGCUGUACCACGGUUUCACCCUACUGUUUACGACCACUGUAUCAUGCCUGUGAGCAUUGUCACUGUGACGCUGUUCAUACUGGCAUGGUUCCUCUACGGUAAGAGUGCAGAUGCUCUCGAGUCAAAAUGAAUCCUCUAUGGGGAGUUUUUAAAAAGUGAUGAAAUAGAUUUAAGCUUAUUCUAAUGCCUCUGUGAAUUACAAAAGCAGACAUCAUCUAUGAAAAGUUUAAUUACUUCGAUAAUGCCUGAAAUCACUGCUGCAAAGGAGGAGCUACAUGAAGUGAUAAAAACAUGAUUUUCAGUUAAAGAUAAUGUGAGAAGAAAAAUCUGUCAAAACAAAGAUUGAAGCCUGUAUCUGACAAAAUCAGCAAAGAGAGUCAACAAAAAGCUUCCUCGUAGGAGCUGUAAAUUGUAUGAACCCAGAUCAAAAAUAAGCCUGUUCUCAGUUCAUUUUUAGGCCAGUGAUUGUUUCUGUGUCAGCCAUCAGCUAUUUGAUUUCUUUACUGUCAAUGAAAAAGAGGAAAAGGAACAAACAUAAGUGGAAGCAGUGAGAGAGAGAACAAAUGAGGAAAGUUACAAAGAUGAUGAAAACACCAAACUAAGACAACAUCACAUCACAGCCAGUCUGGAAAGGUGAGUGUUAAAAAGGGAUUUAGAAAGUGAGCAUCUGAACUGAGCAUCUCACUUACUCAGCAGGGUCAGUCCAAAGUCGAGGCAGUUUCAUAAAUCACAGCUUCACAACAUACAGUCUAAUACUUGUCUACUAGAAAGAGAGCAGGCUGUAGCAGUUCAGAAAUUAAUCAGCGAUGAACCUCUUCUUGAUGCUGCAUUUCUUCUGCUUGAAUUGACCAAUCAGAGAUCACACAACAUGCCUUAGAAAUUCCCAAUGAAACCAGUUUAUUUAUCUUCAGCUCUUUGAGUAGGUCUUCCUAAGGAAAGUGAGCUGCAUAUUUAAAUUCUUUCAUUUCAGUCCUGACUUCUGGGACCAAAAGGCAGAAAAGGUCCUGGGAUUGAAAGGUGCAAGUUCUUGUACUCUUCUGUUUGAUACAGGAUAAAAGGUGUGAGUGGAGCAGACCUGAAACAGAUUUGUAGACAGGUGGACAAGGAAGACCAGCCAACAUGAUCAUACUGCAAAAAGUGAUGAGCCCCGGGGCUCCAUGAUACUCGGUAUGCAGAGCAUGAAAACUCUAAGGAAAGGGUUGCAUGCAGAGCACCAGAAUCCAGCACAAACGUAAAUGUGGCAGAGAUCGGCCUCUUUUAGGACUUUAAAGACACAAAAGUCAAGUUUCAGUUUUCAUCUCCCACCAGCUGCUGAAUAUAAGGCGCAUAUCGAGUUGAACAUCAAUAUAUCUGUAGCAGGGUGCAAACUCAGUCAGCGUGCCCUAAACUAAGCUUGACGACAAAUUUAAAGGUCUUACAAACAGCAUGACUUUGGUUUUAUCUUCAUUUAAAACAUGGAGCACCAAUGCAGUCAAAGCACUCCAUGUAUAGAGGUUGAGGUCUGUGUCAUAAUGGUUGCUUGUUCUACUGCCAGCCACAACUCUUUGCUGUAUGUCUUCACCCACUCUCUACUCCCCAUAUGUGCUGUCCCUACAUGCAAAAAAAGCCCCCAAAUGCAAGUUUUUUAAUCAUAAAAUACAGUGUCGUACAUCACUGUGUAACAUAUUUAUAAAAAUGACAGUUUGUUUGGACAUGUUUGGAUUGAUUUAAUUUAUUUAAGGAAUAAAAAACAGACUUCACUGCCUUUUCCCCUCCACAGGCAGUUACCUGAUUUAUUCUAUCUAUGAACCAAACUACAUCAAACCCACCACCACCAAUCCAGGGAUCUCCACGGUCACUCCAGCGACCCCCAACUACACCAGUAACCCCAGCAGCUUCACUUCAGCGACCGCCAACUACACCAGAAACCCCAGCAACUUCACUUCAGCGACCCCCAACUACACCAAAAACCCCAGCAGCUUCACUUCAGUGACCUCCAAUGACACCAAAACCAUGAUCAGUUCAGGCAGCUUUAACAGCAGCAUCUUUACCCCAAAAUACCCUGACAACAAGCUGAACUCCACCUUAGACCAGAGCCAGAACCAGAGUCUCCCAGUCGCCAACCAGGUGGGGAUUAUCACCAACAACAACCAGACUCUGAUGAAGCUGAUCCGGACUUUGUCUCUCAGCACCAGCAGCACUCAGACAAACAGCGAGCCCCUGAACGCACCACAAAAGGGUGAAAUGAAGGCGGAAGACCUGUACUGUAACCGACAUAUGUACCUGUUUGCCUUUGGGACCACCACACUGGUUUAUUUGUCAAUAGCAGUUUUAUGCUCAAAAUCAUCAGUGUCAGUGAAGUGUGAGUGA